CAAGAAUAUGCCAUGAAUGAAAGAAGGCUCUGAAGAAAUUUAUUAUAACUUUGUUGUAGAUUAUGAAAAUGGCAUGUAGCAACAAGGUGACUGUAGAAGUUCCUCUAUUUCUUAAUUACGUAUGUUUUUUGUUCACAUUUUCAGUUGUAACAAAUUUAAUUAUUUAUCGAACUUGCUACGUAUCACUUGGUUAUGAAAAAGACGAUUGUUCUCAGUUGGGAAAUAAAGACAAUAAUGUAACUCAUCACUAUGAAAAAAUGGUCCAAUCUCAUGCAGAUAUCAUAUUGUUGAUAAAGUCUCUCCUCGAUUUACUUCUACCGACGUUUAUUUGCUUGAUAGCAGGAUCGUGGUCUGAUAAGCAUGGCAGGAAACCAGUUAUGUUGUUGACUUUAGGAGGUAUGGCUUUAAGUUGUCUGCUGAUGACAUUAUACUGCAUAUUUGAAGACUUAUCUCCCUGGAUAUUUUUGAUCACUGCAAUACCAACGAUGCUAACAGGCAAUAACACUACAUUUUUUGCCAUAAUACUAUCUUACAUAUCCGAUACUUCAACAAAGGAAACUAGAGGCAUGAGAAUGGCUUUUUCUGAAGUAGCCUUAGCAACUGGUUCUCUCUUGGGAAGUAUUUCAAGUUCUUACGUAUUUUACGCUACUAGCUAUCCGUCUAUGUUUGCCAUCGCUUUAGGAUGUAUAUUAAUCAGUAUAGCUUAUACAAUAUUUUUUGUGCCUGAAUCUAUAAAAGAUAUUGACAAUUCAGAAGAAAUAAAAACAAAAAACGAGGCUAAAAAGGAAAAACUAAUCCAGUUAAAGUUAUUUAAAGAAAUUAUUCAAACUACCAUUAAAAAACGGGAAAACUACGACCGGUCGAUAAUAGUUUUAACAACAGCUUCUAUCAUAAUUUUCAUUUCCGUCACACAUGCAGAUACAUCUACGCGAUACAUGUUCCUUCGAGGAAAACUGAAUUGGACAUUUACAAAGUACAAUAUUUAUAAUAGUAUUUGUAGUUUAGUUUGGAUUGGUGGUACAAUGACUGGAUCUUAUAUCCUCCAAAGGAAAUUUCAUGUUCCGGAUUCCGUACUUGCCCUUAUAGGAUUGAUUUCGAUGUUAAGUUGCAUCAUCUUGCAGUUUUUAGCAACGAACGAUACAUUGAUGUAUAUUGCCGGUGGAUCAAGGGUCUUGAUAGGUGUGGUUGCUCCCAUGUUACGAGCUAAUAUAUCCCGCUUAGUGCCAUCCGAUGAAGUUGGUAAGAUAUUCGCAAUGGUCGUAGGAGGUGGAGCUCUGGCAGCUGCUAGUUUAACGCCUGUCUAUACAGUAGUGUAUAACAGUACAAUCUACAUUAAUUCAGCAUUAUAUAACCUGAUAUCCAUUUCUCUAUUGACAGUAACCAUUGGUUUAGUAAUGUUGAUCAUAUUUUUGGAACAAAUAUCGAAACCUGAAGUUCAUACUGUUAAAGAAGUCGAUGCAAAAGAAAGCUAACAGCCUUACAAUUGUGAUAUAAGGCUGUUUUUUUAUACUUUUAAUUUAUUAAACAAAUAUCAACUCUGUCAGGUUCUCUGUUAUAUUUACGCUUUUAUAAUA